AUGGAUAAUUUUAAAAAUCAGAAUAAUUCUGAAACUUAUUUAUUGCUUAUAGGAUCAACAAAUGCAACUUGCUCACUGGAGAAAAGUAAGCAAUGGAGUUAUAGUGCUCAUUUGAAAAACGGUCCAAAAUUUUGGGGCGAAACUUUCCCAGCAUGUUAUGGACGAAAACAAUCGCCGAUUGAUAUUGUGACUGUAGAUAUUGUAAAGGACAAAAAUCUAGGGAGACUGCAGCUUACUAACUACGACGUACCACUUACUAGAGCUAUUUAUGAAAAUAAUGGACAUUCAAUUAAAGUAACUCCAAAGGAUGAUGUUCUAAGAUCUGUUCACGUGAAUGGAGAAAAGUUCCAACUUGCCCAGUUUCAUUUUCACUGGGGAGGCUACUAUUACACAGGAUCAGAACACACAGUCGAUAAAAAACAUUACGCACUGGAGUUACAUUUUGUGCACGCAGAUCCAAAGGGACGCAUUGCCGUAGUUGGUGUAUUCUAUCAG